GAGCGGCCAAUCGUCUUUCAAGUGUACGAUACCGGUAAAGCUCGAAGCUCAAAGUCUAAACCUCAGCAUGGCCUCGCAUCUGGCAAACAUCUUUGGUACGGAACAGGAUCGCGUGAACUGCUCGUUCUACUACAAGAUUGGGGCAUGCAGGCACGGUGACAGGUGUUCUCGGAAACACAUCAGACCACCGUUCUCGCAAACCAUAUUGCUUCCCAAUGUAUAUCAUAACCCGGCCCACGACCCGGUUUGUAAACUCACUGAGCAAGAGCUACAAGAAGGCUUUGAUGCAGUGUAUGAGGAUUUAUACUGUGAACUCGCUAAAUUCGGACAUCUCUUGGAGUUGCAUGUUUGCGACAAUGUCGGGGAUCACUUGAUAGGCAAUGUUUAUGCACGUUACGAAUGGGAAACGGAGGCUCAAGCUGCCGUUGAUAAUUUGAAUGAUCGCUGGUAUGCAGGUCGACCACUGUACGCCGAACUAUCGCCCGUCACCGAUUUUCGAGAAGCCUGUUGCCGUCAGAACGAAAACGGAGAGUGCAAUAGAGGGGGUUUCUGCAAUUUUAUGCAUUUGCGGUUAGCGUCUAAAGAGCUAGUGUCAUCGCUACGCGCAGGCCAAAGAUUAGAACGAAGACUCCAUCCUUCGAAGAAUGAAAGUGGAGGAGGAGGUUGGGAGCCUACCAAAAGAGAGGGAGGCCGAGGCCGCAGCGCAAGUCCAUCAAGGCGAGGUGGUCACAGCGGCGAGGAUCGCUGGACGAGGAAAUAAAAAUGUAUAUUGGGAACGCCUGUGCCUCCGCAGUCACGCCCUGGCCUUGGCGAAGUAUACGCUAUGCGCUUCUGCAUCAUUCAUUCGAAGGAUCCGCCUUGUUGUAUUGUACCAUACGCAAAGUGGAACAAAAGUUGCCUUCAUCCUGAUUAGAAUACAGAUGGAAGACGUGUUUACACUGCUGCACUAAGGUUUUGCUAGAAAUAUUCUAUUACAGUAAAAUGAUUUCAAUCGCUGCUAGUCCAAA